AUGCCUUCGAUUUCUUCAAAUACGCAGUCUUCGGCCCCUCCGGUCCCUUCUCCUUCCAAUCCCGUCCUUCUAGCCACACAAUCACAAUGGCUUUUUACCGAUACGGAGCUCCUUCGAACACCCUCGAUCCUAGACGGCAUGGCCAUCGAAGCGGAGCAUACGAGUCGAGGCAAGGGCGUCAAUUUUAUCAUGCAAGUGGGCAUCCUGCUUAAACUCCCGCAGCUCACGCUUUGCACGGCUAGCGUGUACCUUCAUCGGUUCUUUAUGCGAUAUAGUAUGGUGGAUCUCCCGCAGAGGCCCGGAAUGCACCCUUAUUCGGUCGCUGCUACGGCGCUUUUCCUGGCAACAAAAGUGGAGGAGAACUGUCGCAAGAUGAGGGAACUGAUAAUCGCUUGCUGCCGGGUGGCGCUCAAGCAACCAAAUCUCGUGGUGGACGAGCAAUCAAAAGAAUUUUGGAAGUGGAGAGACACCAUUCUACACAACGAAGACCUGCUUUUGGAGGCGUUAUGCUUCGAUCUUCAACUGGAACAGCCCUAUCGACUGCUUUAUGACUUUCUUUGCUUCUUUCAACACCAGGAUCAUAAGCCAUUACGGAACUCGGCCUGGGCCUUUAUUAAUGAUUCGAUUUAUACAGUCUUGUGCCUACAAUUUCCCGCUCGAACAAUAGCUGCGAGUGCAUUGUAUGCGGCAGCCAGGCACUGCAAUAUCUCGUUCAACGAUGAUGAGCUUGGGCGUCCUUGGUGGGAGCAAUUGGACGUUAAUUUGAGAGAUCUAAGGCGAGCGUGUAAUAAAAUGGCGGAGUUAUACGAAAGAUCUCCCGUACCGAAGCCGGGGCAAAAAUAUCCCUCUAUUCCUAGCAGCGAGGGAGACGCAGCUGACAAAACUAGACAUGUUAUACCUAUGCUAAACAAGGGUGGUGAAGAAGGCAACAGUUCGGAAGAACAAAAUGGCUCCUUGUCUCCCGGGGAGAUCAGUGAGCGGAAAAGGAGUCGAGAACCCGAUGACCUAGCCGCUUCCGUCAAACCAAAUAGUCGUAUAUCCGCCAACGGCGCACAGGAUCACGGGGGCGGCCAACGCUCUCCAAAACGCCAGAAGCGCGAUGACAGCGAAACUUCUGCAGCGAAUUCCAAAAGCCCAUCCUCCCAACCACAACUACAGUCAAAUAUUCGCCCUCAAACUUCACUCGCCGCUGUGACAUCCACAUCUGAUAUCCGGUCGAACAGCAACUCCAUCUCCCCCGAAACCAUCACCCCAACAUCUACCGCCAACCCAUCUCAAACCGAAAACGCGCGUCCAAACGGACACUCGAAUCCCGAACACCACAAAACACGUUCAAAAUCCCCCCUUGCAGCGACCAGAACGAACGAUAAACCACCCUCUUCGCGCAUCCCAGCCAGCUAUCAGCGUAGGGCAGAGCUGCCCCCUCGCCCACCUGUUGGUCUUCCUCCGAAGCCGCCGGUAGGCUAG